AUGGGCAAUCUUCCUUAUUUCGGCUUGGGCCUCCGAAAUCUGGACAGCUUGCCGACGGCAGGUGGCAUUUCUUUGGCAGCGCACGUGCCCGCCCUUCUUCCCAAGAGCAUCAACGUCCGCGAGUCUACCCUGCGCGCGGUCAAAGAGGAGCAGGAGCGCGGGGUGAAGCGCGCGCGCGAGGAGGACGACCACGACGCUGGCGAAGCGCGCAAAAAGGCCGCCAGCCACCCGGGCUACUACAAGACGGAGCUGUGCAACAAAUGGGAAGAGCAAGGGCAGUGCCCGUAUGGACCGAAGUGCCAGUUUGCCCACGGCAUCGAGGAGCUGCGCCCUGUACUGCGACACCCCAAGUUCAAGACGGAGAUCUGUCGACUGGUCGCCAACGGAUACAAAUGUCCGUACGGACACAGGUGCCACUUCCGGCACUCGAUUGAAGGAGACGAUGUUCCUGUCUUAUAG